CUGUGCACAGAGAGAGAGAGAGAGAGAUAAGAGAGGGAGAGGGAGAGAGGAGGGCGAUGGAGAAGGCAUUGACGAAAGUGAGCAGCUUGAAGCUCGGGAACUCUUGGAUUUCGAAGAGAGCCAAGGAGGAGCUCUCCAACAUCACCGAAGACAUCACCUAUGUCUCGAAUGCAGUUGAAGAGAAGGCAAAAUGGAUUUUCAACAAGCUGAAAGGAAAGCCGCAGAGAACCUUGCCAGAGCUGCUUCGAGAAUACAACUUACCACCAGGGCUUUUCCCCCAGAACAUAACUUGUUAUGAAUUUGAUGAAUCAAAGGCCAAGCUGAUCGUCUACUUGCCCUCUGCUUGCGAGGUUACCUUCAAGGACUCUUCUGCAAUCAGGUAUGCGAAUCGCGUGAAAGCAAUCCUGAUGAGAGGGAAGCUCACUGGUAUAGAGGGAAUGAAGACUAAAGUCCUGGUAUGGGUUAAGGUGACGAGCGUGACAGUCGAGGGUUACAAGUCUGACAAAGUAUGGUUCAUGGCUGGCGUGAAGAAGUCGAGGCCAAAGGAUGCCUAUGAAAUGCCCCGUGACGCUGUCAGAGUGGAAGAAUUUUGAUCUGCUAAAGGGAAGUAGCAUCUCCUAUUAUUUUUAGACAGUGAAGCAUAGGUGUCUAUAUAUUUGCUUUGUUCCAAGACCAAAUUUGCAGCCUCUUUCGUUUGAUGUUGCCGCAUCUGGGAACGGAUAUUUCUCAAUUUACAGCUU